AUGAGGAAGAGCGAAGAUCCGGUUGUCCACCGACAGAAGCUUCCGAGCUUCUUCAACGCGUUUCUCAUAAUUGCUCGCACAAACUUCUAUCCGCACAGACUUACAGUCUUUGCAAAGCCUUGUUUGUCGAGACUUGCUUACAGAAGCCGGACAGGGGAAGCGAGCUGUUCAGAUGGACAUGCAGCUCGGCUCUCGCGAUUUCUGGCGGGUGAGUGUUUUCGGGGAGACAGGCCGAGGAAACUGGAGAUUCAUGUCGAAGAUAGAUGCGAUUUGAGUUUCAAGACGUCUUCUUCUCCCUUCUACCGCAAGCUUCUCUUGUCUUCUGCAGCCUGCGUUUCCCGACUGUCGAGCGCCUCGCAGUCGGCACUGCACACUUCCAGAGAACUUUCCAAGAAGCUUUUGACCGGGAAUUCUCCACGAGUUGCAGGCAAAAAACCAAACGCCAACGCGCCUCUGAGAACAAACGCCUCGCAGCCGAGCGUCGGCUUAUCCACCGUGCAAAAUCCGAAUGCCUCUCUCGCCUGCGGCAGGCGAGAAGUGAAGAUGUGA